CGCUGUUCUGGCGUCAUUUGCAAUUUCGGAUUCGCUCUCACCUUUACCACCAUCAUCCGGACGGUUGACCACGAACGACGAGGGAUGUUUUCCUCGCUCAAUUCCUUUUUACCAUCUGUGCUCCACAUUAAUGGCAAUUCAUCUCCAACGACGCCAAAACCGAUCGUGAUGGAGGAAGAAGACGACGAGGAUGUACAGGAAGAGACCGUUGAAGGAGAAUCGAAGACGGAGAGAAGAGAAAGGGAGAAAAAAGCCAGUGAAACAUUUAUUUUUGUACGGCCACCGCCUGCAAAGUCUAAUCAUCCAUUGAAUCUCCAAGUCCAACUUGUUCCACCGAAUACCCGUGCACCAGGUCUGCCUACCCCCCGACAGUCCAUUGACGAUACCAUUUCUGAAACCUCCUUGAGCCGUACCCAAUCUAACUUAUCUUCGACUUCAUCUUUUUCCUCUGUUUCAUCAACUGCCAGUGGGAGACGGAUGAUCAUCCCCCUCUACAACUUGCAGGCCCAUAAUGUCAUGACGAACAUCAUUGUCGACGCUGGGACCGACGCCAAAAUCGCUAAAUUCACCAAAAGGGGAAUGGAGUUGAUUGAUUUGGCAGUGAUGGAGCCCGUCGAGGUGUGGGCAGCGACGAAAGUUGACGUUCGAGAGCUGAAACAACAAGAUUCGCGCUCGUCGACUGGUGCGCUGAUGCCCCCGACCGGUCCCAGCCCUGCCUCGAGUGCUGUUUCACUGUCAAGCGCAGGCUCGCAUGCACCAUCUGCUGCAAGCGAGGACAAGGCUCGAAAGAACUUAUUUGGGAGGAUGUUCAAGCGUAAUUCCAAGGAUCCGAUGCCAUUGACACCCACGCCAAACACGACACCGACGCAAGCACGGCAUGUUCGGAAUAUGUCAGCCAGCUCUACCCGUCGUUCGCCGUCACCCAUCUUCCCCCGAAGAUCUGUCGAUGUACCAUUGGCAGAGAAGGAGGAACCUGUAGCGGUGACGACAGCAGCCAAUGUUCCUCGUGAAGUCUUGCUUCCGGCUACGCUUGGCAUUCAGCCUCUGUUGUCAGUGUCAACACCGAACCCCGCGGCUUAUCCUACCCUAGUCACUCUAUUCACGUCUUCGGCUUAUCCACCAGCUGCGAGAGGAGUUUUUAACGGUCGUGGACCCGCUAUAUACGUCUGGACCGUGAGGCGGUGGCUCAAGGGGGAAGGGGGCAGUGUUCUCGCAGGCAUGUUGCGAGGUUCAAAUCAGACCGCAGUCGGUGAAGGAAGCGAAGUUCGUGUCGAAUGGCGACGGGGGAAAUCGAAAACCAAGAAGGGCGCAAAGGCAUCCAACAGACCCAGUACGGCCCGGAGAAAGCGAACGAGCGUGGGUAGUGUGAGCUCCGUAUCAGCAACGAGUGCAGAUGGAUUUCCGAGAUCGAAGACGGAAGAGGACGACGGGGAGGAGAGUGAUCCGGAGGAUUCGGAGACGCCGUGGACAUGCACCGUCAAGGUGAAGCGCCUUGGUCCAUCUUUACCGAGGACGUCGACGUCGACGAAUAGGAAUUCCCUUGCUUCACCCCGCCCUGUGAGUGAGUCACAGUCUGUGAAGCUCAAGGUCGGGACGCUUUCGCCGACACCACAUCAUCCAAAGGUGGUUGCGAUGCUUAAGGUGCCGUACCCACUACCGGACGUAGAGGUUGAGCGGGUAGGCAUCGUAAGGAGGAGGGUAGUCAGUCUCGGGGAGGGAGAGGGGGAAGGUGUCGGGAGAAAGGUUGUUAGCGAAGGCACUCCCACAGGCCUCGUAUUUACAGCCGAGGAGAUCAAGGAUGUCGUUUGCAGCACGGGAUUAUGGCUCGUCGUAAGGGAGGGCUUCGGAGGUGUGGGCAAGGUCAGUCGGAAAGGCGACGGAUGGAGGAUAAGGGCAUGAGAUGCCUAAUCUUUUUUAAAUUUGAAUGAGGAUGCGGGAGAGAUAUUAUUCGUGCGUAUGCUUCUAAAUUUGCGUUAUUUGCUUGUUUUUUUUUCUUCUUCCAUUAUUAUGUUGUUAAGUUCUUGUCUGUAUCCAUGAACGUCCAUUCAUUUUCAUUUACAUGUCCAUACCCUAGUAGGGGGAGGGAGAGGUUAACGUAUAUAUAGUAUGUACAACAGCUUACUUAUUUUAGAUGAUUUUCUCCUCGGUUUGGGUGAGUCGUGCUGGAUGCUGUGGCAGAGACUGAAUGCGCCG